CCCAACACCCAAACGGUGUCCGCUUUAAUCGCUUCUGAGCUCGAAAUCGAUAAGGGCUUACCAACUACGGCAGUACAACUGUUGUAGGUGCGUUAGGUAAGCCGCGUAGGUGUAUAGCCGCGCGUACGUCGUAGGUAGCGAGCUGGUAGGUCGUAAAUCGAUAAAAACGCAUUAUUUUAUUUUUCCGAUGGUUUCGAGAUAAACCGAAAUUUGUUGGACGACUAGGAUGUUUGCCGUCCGGGGUCCGGACUCGACACCUCCUACCGCUCCUACCGGCCGAGCGUGUUGUUAUUGUUAUUAUCGUAUCGAGAUGGAAUUAUGAUUGUUGGUAAUUAUUACGCGUAGAUAAAAAAAAGAUAACAUCGUCAAUCUUUGUUCCGUCCUCCGUCGUUCAUUUGUUUAUUUCGUUUUCCGCCGCCGCCAGAAUAUUCGACUAUCGAGCAUCGACAGUAACUAACGUCGUAAAUUAAUCAAUUUAUUCGUCGGAGAUACGACCGCUGUGUAUAGGGUACCGGAAGUUACUUAUUUUUCAUCUAUCUUAUCAAUAUUUUCUUCCACGCUAUGACUGCUGUUCCACCGCCGAUAAAAUACAAUACGUUUUCCAGUACGAUGGACUGAACUGAAUCCGACCAACUGGCACCACGCAGCUGUUCGACGAAGAAUACUAACUGAAGAUGGAUAAUAAUAUAUUUCAUGAAUUUAAUGGUCCAGCUAAAGAUAAAUGUAAUUAUUAUAAUCGAACAAGAAAUAGACUUCUUAUUACAGCUUAUGAAGGAAUACCUGAAACUCUUUUACUCAAUGCAUUAGGGUGUGUUCUCUUAGUUUUAUUUUUUGCAUUCAUGAGGAAAAGGGCAUGGGAUUAUGGACGUUUAGCAUUAGUCAAUAAAGAUUAUGAAAAGUGGUCUCGUAUAUUUUAUGGUACAACUGAUGAAAAUUCAGAGAAUAACAUUGAAGAUGGAAAUUCUACAACUACAUUAGACAACUCAAUGCCUGUUGAUAGGGGCUUAUUUUCCUGGUUUUUAACAAUUAUACAGCUAAGAGAUGAAAAAAUUUUGCGGAAAUGUGGUUACGAUGCUGUUCAAUAUUUAUCAUUCCAAAGGCACAUAAUGGUUUUAAUGGCUAUAAUCACUGCAGUUUCAUUAGGCGUAGUACUACCAAUCAAUUUCGCUGGUGAUUUAGAAGGUGACGAAAGAUCAUUUGGACAUACUACUGUUAGCAAUCUACAUCCUGAUUCACCUUGGUUGUGGGUACAUGUGACUAUAGCCAUGUUAUACUUUCCAUUAACUAUUUGCAUAAUGAGAAGGUUUUCUGUAAAUCUUAAAUUAGAAGAAAAUGGUGAUUGUUGGUCGCGUACGUUGAUGAUAACAAAUAUUCCCAGACGAAAUUCUGACAUAAAUGAUAUGGAUCGACAUUUUAAAGAGGCAUAUCCUGAAUGUGAAGUAGAAAAUAUUCAGCUUGCUUAUGAUGUCAACAAAGCUAAUGAAUUAGAUAGAGACAGAAAUGCUGCAGUUCAAGCAAAACAAUAUUGUGAAAAUCAUUUAAAAACUGUAGGCGAACGUCUUACAGUGCAACCCCAUGUUUGUGGUUAUAUUUGUAUUUGUUGUGGUUUCUGUAGCUCUAAUAAUUUAGAUGCUAUUGAUUAUUAUUCUCAAGAAGAAGCUCGGCUAAAAGCAGAAUUAGAAGCAGAAAAAGAAUCUGCUCUAAAGAGACCUCUAGGUAUAGCUUUUGUAACUAUGACAACAAUUCAUACAGCUAGACUCAUUCAUCAAGAUCACGUUUACAAAUUAUCCAAAUGUGGUCGCCAUAAUCCACCUACCAGUUCUGUGGCUGGUCUACUUCAGCCUUAUCGUUGGAGGGUCACUUUUGCUCCUCCACCAGAUGAUAUAUUUUGGGAAAAUUUGACUGAACCAUCUCACAAUCGAUACUGUAAAAUUGUAUUAACAAAUUCAUUUUUAGUGAUAAUUUUAUUUUUUUUGACUACUCCUGUGAUUGUUUUGAACGUUAUGGACACUCUUAAACUUAGAGAAAUUGAAAAAGCUAGUCCUAUCUUAUCAGAAUUUAUGCCUACAUUAUUGUUGUGGACUGCAGCUGCAUUAUUACCGGUAUUAGUUAUAAGGUCUGAUCAGUGGCUUAGUCAUUGGACAAGAUCUAAAAGAAAUCAUUCCAUUAUGCGAAAAACAUUUGUUUUUCUUCUUUUUAUGUGUUUGAUACUCCCAUCUUUGGGAUUAACAAGUGCCCAAGCAUUCCUAAUGUUUGCAUUUCAAGCUGGUAUUGAGACUUAUCGUUGGCAAUGUGUGUUUUUGCCUGAUAAAGGAGCAUUUUUUGUGAACUAUGUUGUUACGUCUGCUCUUAUUGGAACAAGCUUAGAACUAAUACGAUUUCCAGAACUUUUUAUGUAUGCACUUCGAUUAUCAUUAUCAAGAUCAAAAGCAGAAUCUGCUAGUGCUAGAAGAUUAAUUCUUUGGGAAUUUCCAUUUGGUGUACAAUAUGCUUGGAUGCUAAUUAUAUUUUCAAUUGUAACAGUUUAUAGUCUUUCCUGUCCUCUUAUAACACCCUUUGGUCUUUUGUAUAUGGUUACUAAACAUUUUGUUGAUCGUUAUAACAUAUAUUUUGCUUACGGCAAAUCAAAAAUUAGUAAACGCAUACAUAGUACAGCUAUAAAUUGUGUUAUGGUUUCAAUAGUACUUUUACAAGUAAGUUUUACUUCACUGUCAAUGUUGCGUCAUGGACUUCAUGAUAUUACUUUAUUUGCCUUGGUUGGACUUGUAAUAACAUUAACAUUUACAUUAUCUCAAUGUUUCUUCCGAAAUUGUACUGCAUGGAGUCCUAUACUUUAUCAAGUUAGAAAUCCACGUACAGUUCAACCAAGUCCAGCAAGAAGACGUGAUCAUUCACAUGGUUAUGACUAUGUCCCUGAAGUAUUACGUCAACCUUUGCCACAUACAGCAGCAAAUUCUCUAAUUACGUUGACACCAAAUGAUUCUGGUACAACAUUGGAUGAUUUGGAAAUCGAAAUGAGACAUAAUGAUGAUAGAUUAGAUUAUCAUCCGCAGACUAAAGUAAUUAUAGAAUCUCAAAAUCACUGUGAUCAACUAUACCAGAAUUAUGAUUAUAAUCAAACAGUUCCUGUAUAAUAAGAAACAUGUUCCGUUAUUACUUUUGGUUUUCUUAUUUCACAUUAUAGAUAACUAGUUAUAUUGUUAUUGAAAAUAGUAUAUGCUGAUAUUACUGACAUUACUAUAAAAUAUUUUCUAAAACAUAAAUUACCAUAUUUUCAUAUAAUUAAUUACCUCUUGACUAUCAUAUUUGCACGCAAUUGUUAUUGGAAAUUUAUUGGUGAACACAGUUCUAACAAUAAUAUAUUUAUAUAAAAUCAGAAAAAAAAUAAAAUUUUAAGCAAAUUAGAUUAAAUUGUUUCUUGCAUAAGGUCAUAAACAUAUUUACAUUAUCAAGAGGUUAUGUACAUAUAAUAAUUUUUGAUGUUGUAUAAAAAUAAUAUUUGAUGUAAUAUCACUGAAACAAUAGUUUAUAUGUUAAACAUUUUUUUGUAUAUGCUUACAAGAGAUCUUUAAAAUUUACAAUUUAAAGAGAUAGUUUUACUCUUGAUCAGACCAUUAUCAGUCAUAAUUAUUCUUUAUAUAUUUAUAAAAUAUACAUAUAUUUUCCUUUUUUCAUUAACAUUGUGUUUUGUAUAAAAAUAACUUAAAAUGAAAGAAUAUUUUUUCAAUUAAAUAUGUGUAGCACAUACAUACCCUUCAUUUAAUAUAGUACAUCAUAAACUACUUCAUUCAUGUAGUAAAACACCACAAGAUAAUAACAUAAAAAACAUGGCUAUGUAUACACUAAAUGCAAUGUACUUUAAGUAUGUAUUGCUAUUAAAUAUUAAAUAAUUCACUUAAAUAUAAUAAAGCCUUCUAUUUUUUUGCAUGAACACAAUAAUCAUAAUAUUUUCUUAUUUCUCUGAAGGAAUUAAAUUUAAAACCUAUAAUUUAAAAUGUAUUCUAAAAUGAAAAUAAAUAUUCUUUAUUAUUAGUAUUAAUUUAACUUAUCCUAUGGAAAUAUACUUAACCAAUUGAUAAAUUGAAGUCAUUGUAGUCAAUAAACGAUGCACAAUUACGACUGGUAUGAUGGCAAUUGAAAAAUAGCAAUGAUAAACAAUGUGCAAUAAAAUUAUAUUUAUUUUGUGUGGUUUACUAUUUUAUACAAACCAAAUUGAUUAAUAAUUGUACAAUUAAACUGAUCUCUGUGAAAGCUUUUAAAUUAUUAUUGACCAUCAAUGUGUUAUUAUGUACUUAACAUGAGAAUUUUUCAUAGUCUCCAUUGUCCGUCUUAGUUUUAAAUAUUUUAACAAAAUAAAACCCCCCCAAGAGUUUGAUAAUUAAUUGAUAGUAAUUUAUUUUAUGUAUAAAAUUAAUUUGUGUUCAUUGAACUUACCUUUUAUUAUUGUUUUGUAACCAAUACUUUAUUACAACUCACAUUGGCUCAUAAUUGUAAGCAAUAUUGUUUUUCAAAUUUAAAAAAAAAAAAAUAUUUUAAUAAUGUACUUAUAAUAAUACAUGAUUUAAUACUAUAAUUAUACUAACACCACAAUUGUAUGUGAUAAACUUUUUACCAAGGCUUAUAGUAUUAAUAAAAAAAAA